AUGAUUAGUCCAAAUGUCAAACUGAGUUAUCGUCGUAUACAGUCGUCGGAGAAGCUAGUCUUCUCCGUGUCAUGCUCUUUGAGUGCAGGGCUUGUGCCCGUCACGAAUAAAAAUUCAUUCAUCGUCUCCAAAAUUGUGAAUUGCCACAGCCCUAGACCAGAUGCAUUGAUCAAGUCACAUACUUCUCAUCAACUUUGCACGUAG